CUUGUCGAUGCGCAAUGUCAAUGGCCAUAUCAAUUUCGUCUGGCCUUCCUACUCUAGCACAUAACACAUGCUCCCACACCUCUUCCGCGUCAUCCAUCUCGACGUCCAUCAACGUCGACUCUCAAGUCCGCGCACAAUCUGUCAAUCCCAUCGGCCGUAGUAGUCACUGCGUGGAGGCCACGGGAUCCCUGUGCUGCCAAUGGCUUGCGACUCGGCGAUUGGUCGAUGGCAGUCAAAGGAGGCGAGCUCUUUAGAGGCCUUGGAUUCUUUGAAAUGAUGAUCAGCGGGACCCAACCACUUCUCGAUGGUGGUCGCCCUCAGUUGUUGCAUAUCAGGUGGGGUCACCACGCGGGAAGACGAGCACGUGAAUUGCGGUCCAAGCGAGCAGCGUCACUGGGCUGGCUCCGCGGGUGUGUGAAUGGAGGUCGGCGCUGUUGGGGCGAUUGCAUGGCCCUUGGAGAGCACGGCAGCGACCGUAACCUCAAUUUGCUGAGGGAAAGUACCGGAUCCGGCUCGGUUUGACAUUAAUUCCUGGCGGACCUUCUUUCUGGCGUUUCGUCUGCGUCAUCUCGGGCUGCAGAUCCCUUCUCGUGUCUUCAUAUGUCAUGCGGUCCCUCCCGCCUGAGCACGGGUCGCAUAUAUCACGCCCCAAUGGACGGCUCGUGUCUGCAUCCAGAUGUACCACGACGUUGCCAUGUGAAUGGACGGCAAUCUCGGACCAAACGAGCUUCUUCCCACCAUUCCACAGAGUCCUACUCGGGACCAUCGGUCCAAAGGUGUCGUCAUCGCCUGGUCUAUUCGUAAAUUCGACGCAGACCUGUGAUCCUCUGCGCAUUUAUCCCAUUUCGACGACAACACAUGAUACGGUGGCGAUUUCAGGUGCAAGUGACCCUGCACUGUGCCGCUGCGGCACAGCGGGUUUGCUGGAUAUUGCAGCCGCUUGCAGCGUUGCCGGCCGGAGUUCUUCUCGCCACACCAACAUUCUCCUACAUUGCUUCUUCGCAUGUUCCCGUUUCGUCUGUCUGGGGCGAGCCCUUGAUAAGGGGGAUCAGCGCGCGGUGUGAGAGGUGUUCAAGGACUUGCCACUAUGUUUUCGACGGUCUUGUUCACCGCUGGCCUUGCCCUCGGGUUGCUGAGGGGGGCUCAGUCUCUGGGCUCGUCGUGCAGCACUCCUCUCGGUAGUGGAACGGCCGGACCAUCAAACGCAUUCUGGCUGCAAGACAUCAAGCACCAAGGCACCGCUGCGUACAACGCGAAUCCAUCUACAUAUCCUGUCUUCCGCAACGUCAGGGACUAUGGGGCCAUCGGGGACGGUGUUCACGAUGACACAGCAGCCAUCAAUGCCGCUAUCACAGCUGGAGGAAGAUGCGGUCAGGGUUGCAACUCGAGCACUGUGUCUCCUGCGGUGGUCUUCUUCCCCAAGGGAACGUAUCUGAUCUCAAACUCCAUCAUCCCUUACUACUAUACACAACUCAUUGGAGAUGCGAUCGAGCCCCCUACGUUGCUUGCUGCUGCGUCGUUUUCUGAUCUUGCUGUCAUUGACGCCGAUCCGUAUAUCCCCGGAGGCGGAGGAGCCCAGUACUAUGUCAACCAGAACAACUUCUUCCGUUCUGUGCGCAACUUUGUGAUCGAUGUUACGCGCGUUCCCCCGACUGUGGCACAAGGCACCGGCAUCCACUGGCAAGUCUCCCAGUCGACGUCGCUGAUGAACAUCGUCAUCAAUAUGUCAAACGCCCCGAAUACGGCGCACCAGGGAAUCUGGAUGGAGAACGGCAGCGGUGGGUUCAUGGGCGACUUGGUCUUCAACGGCGGAAAGUACGGCAUGUGGGUCGGGAACCAGCAAUUCACGGUUCGUAAUGUCACGUUCAACGGCGCUCAGACUGCGGUUUUCGGGGCUUGGAACUGGGGCUGGACGUUCCAAACAGUCACGAUCUCCAACUGCCAAGUCGGCUUCGAUCUGUCCACCGGCGGUGGCAACACAAUCCAGACCGUCGGCGCCGAGGCCAUCCUCGAUGUUGUGGCUACCAACACCCCGGUAUUCCUGCGCACUUCGACGCCCAGCCAGGGCACUGUGAUCGGCGCUGGGUCGCUCGCCUUGAACAACAUCAAGCUCACGAACGUUCCCACGGCUGUCGGCGUCGUUGGGGGCGCGGUCGUUUUGGCCGGAAGCACAGGCUCGAUGACGAUCGAUUCCUGGGGACAGGGCAACGUCUACCACGGAACGAAUGGGGCUGGGACCUUCACCCAGGGCAGCAUUGCUGCUCCGUCGAAGGCGGCCGCCUUGCUGGACAGUGCUGGGCGCAUCUUCGGACGCGGGCAUCCGCAGUAUGCUAGCUAUGUUGUGUCCCAAUUCGUCAGUGUGAAGGAUCACGGGGCCAAGGGCGACGGAGCUACAGACGACACGGCGGCGCUGCAGGCUGUCUUCAACACAUACGCUGGCUGCAAGAUCAUAUUCUUCGACGCCGGCACUUACAUCGUGACCUCGACACUGCGCAUUCCAGCGGGAUCUCAGAUCGUCGGGGAGGCAUGGUCGGUUAUCGCCGGAAAGGGAUCGGCGUUCAGUGAUGUGAACAACCCCCAAGUCGUCGUACAAGUGGGUGCUCCCGGGUCUUCUGGGAUCAUGGAGAUCACCGACAUCAUCUUCACCACCGUUGGACCAACACCGGGGGCAAUCGUUGUCGAAUGGAAUGUCCACGAGUCAACUCAAGGAAGCACUGGAAUGUGGGACUCGCACAUUCGGUUGGGAGGAGCCGCCGGGACUGAGCUUGAACUGGCUCAAUGCCCUUCGAACGGUAGCGGCGGAAUCUCGAAUUGCUACGCUGCGUUCUUAGCGCUGCAUCUGACCACGGGCUCGACGGCGUACCUCGAGGGAACUUGGGUUUGGUUGGCGGACCAUGACGUUGACGGUGAUGGAUUCUCUCAGCUGUCGCUCUACAGUGGCCGCGGUGUUCUGUCUGAGUCGGCAGGCCCUGUAUGGAUGAUCGGGGUUGCUGCUGAGCAUCAUACGCUCUACCAAUUCAACCUCGUGGGGGCGAAGGACCAUUACAUCGGAUUGAUACAAACGGAAACGCCGUACUACCAACCGAACCCGGUCGUCCCGGGACCGUUUGCGAUCAACAGCGCAUUCCACGAUCCGUCCUUCACCUCCACAUCUUCGGCCUGGGCGCUCGUCGUGUCAGGCUCGUCGAAUAUCUUCAUAUUCGGCGCUGGGUUCUACAGCUUCUACAACAGCUACUCCCAAACGUGUCUCAACUCGGUCAAUUGCCAGAACCAGCUGGUGAACAUCGAUUCCGCAUCCUCUGUCAGCGUCUACUCUCUGUCGACCGUCGGGGCGGUGUUCCAGCUCAGUGCCCAAGAAGCGCGCUGCGCCGCGCUGAAAGCCGAGAUCGCGAGCCUCGAAGCCGAGUUGGGAGCGAGUGCAGACGCGGAAGCCAUUGUCAAGAACCAUAUACGGCUGCUGCAUCGGUACAACGAGGCGAAGGACGCGACUCAGAUUCUUAUUGGACGGCUGGCUGCUUUGAGACAGUCGACCAUCAGGCAGAUUCACGAGGACUUGGAUCUGCGCGACAGCGACUAGGGGCUUGGCACACUUCUGAGUCUCAAACCUCUUUUUGAUACGGAUGUAUGCGCGUUUCUCAUGAUUUUUGACCCCAAAUAUGACGCUCGA